AUGGUAACAAGACAGCGUCCAAAAUGGCUCUUUGAUAGGAGAAAGUUUGAGAGUAAUGGCCAAGCGCCUGCACCGAGUAAAGAUUUUUACCAGCUUGUUGUAACAAAGAAAGAAGUGAUCUGGAGGUUUUGGAAAAUCUCUCUCCGAAGUGAAUUUCGCAAUACACACCCAGGGGAUUGCACAAAGACAUGCAUCUUAAUUAAGAAAUUGCUGACUUGUAUUGCAACACAGAUUGCCACUGUGCUUGGUGACAAUAUCGUUAGCUACACACUCAAUCUGUUUCAGGGUAAAUUUGACUACUUGGAGCAUCUUCCUGAUGCCUUGCUGCUCCAUGUGAUUUUAUAUUUGGACACAGAAGAUGUGUCUCAACUCUCUCAAACCUCACGGCUUCCUCUACAUACUACGUCCAUCUCGCUGUGUAGCUCUGAUGCACUGUGGGAACGCAUUGUGGGGAACUCUUGUGACACCAUCACCCAGGAGAUGAGAGCCUUGUCUGAAGAGGUGGGCUGGAAGCAGAUCUUUUUCACAAAUAAUCUGCAGCUUCAGAUGCAGAUCAGGCGAAGAAGGCAGACAUCUGAAAACCUUGUAGUGUAAACUGAAUGAUGGAAUUGUUUGUGCUGACACUUGCACUAAUAAAUUUACUGGUGCUAAAAAGCCUUAUGAUUACACAACAUACUGUGCAGUCGUGCCUUCCUUAAAGCUAUAGAGAACAUAAGUGUUUUUCUAAAAGAGACGUGUUGCUUACUGUUCCUGUAUCUUAUUGUGCAGCCAAUUAAGGAAGAGUAUACAGUUGUCUUUUGGAUUUGCAUCACACAUUUAAUGUAACUAAUAAUUUGUGCCACAUUCCAUGACAUUCUAAUAAUUUUAGUCAUGCAUUUUAGUUUUUGACGGUCAGAUUUUGCAUUGUGAAAAGUUUCCUUCUUUCUUUCAAACAUUUUAUAUAUAUUCA